AUGAAAGCGUUUCUGAAAGAUCACGGCCCCUGGCUGUACACGACUUAUGGCUGCAAAACAGUGAACAGUCUCUUCAACAAAUACACCCUCAAGCAGCUUCCUCAACUCAUGAUCGUUCAAAAGGGUGGCACUCCGGUCGUUGAUGAUGCUAUUGACACCUUGAAUGUGGGUUUUUGAUGAUUUUUUUAUAAUUUUGAUUUAGAAUGUAAAAAUAGCAAGAACUUUCUCUACGAUUUGAAAAAUGGCAAGAACUUUCUUUACAAAAUAAAAAAUGGCAAGAACUUCUUUGCACUAUGUCAAAAUUGUUGUCAUUGCACAGUGAAAUCUAGUUUUAGGACUGCACCGUGCAGUCAUUCUUUAAAACAUGAUUAUGCCAUUCUUUACGUGGUGACUUGAGUAAAAUGAAGUUUUUACGGCUUUUUAUUAGCAUCUACUGCUAAAUUAGGUAUUGGUAUAAAAAGUUAAUUUUAAAAUGGCACUUUUAAAAAUAUAAAAUUUGUUGCACAGUGCAAGAAAAGUUUGUCACUGCACGAUGCAUCAGUGUUUUUUUAAUUGAAAUUGUUAUUUUCAGACUCCAAAGAUCGUGCCAGUUGACAUUGUUGCCAAAUGGAAGAAGAUGACUACCGAAUGA